AUGUGGAUCCAGGUUCGCACCAUGGAUGGGAAGGUGGCCCACACUGUGGACUCCUUGUCCAGGCUGACGAAAGUGGAAGAGCUGAGGAAGAAGAUCCAGGAGCUGUUCCAUGUGGAGCCAGGCCUGCAGAGGCUUUUCUACCGGGGCAAGCAGAUGGAGGACGGCCACACGCUGUUUGACUAUGACGUCCGCCUGAACGAUACCAUCCAGCUGCUGGUCCGGCAGAGCCUCGUGCUGCCUGCCCCCAGCGGCGGUGGCACCGGCGGUGGCAGCAAGGAGAGGGACUCUGAGCUCUCCGACACGGACUCCGGCUGCUGCCUGGCCCAGAGCGAGUCUGACAAGUCCUCCAACAGUGGCGAGGCUGCAGCCGAGCCGGAAGGGAAGGCCGACGAGGAUGAGUGGGAUGAGACGGAGCUGGGCCUCUACAAGGCUGGUGAGUACGUGGACGCGAGGGACACGAACAUGGGCGCGUGGUUUGAGGCCAAGGUCAUCAGGGUGACGAGGAAGGUGCCGGCCCAGGAUGAGCCCUGCAGCUCCACCUCCAGCCCGAAGCUGGAGGACGACAUCGUCUAUCACGUGAAAUACGACGACUACCCGGAGAACGGAGUGGUGCAGAUGAACUCACGGAACGUCCGGGCUCGCGCCCGACACAUCAUCAAAUGGCAGGACCUGGAGGUGGGCCAGAUGGUCAUGGUCAACUACAACCCUGACAACCCCAAGGAUCGCGGCUUCUGGUACGACGCGGAGAUCCUGCGGAAACGUGAGACCCGGACGGUGCGGGAGCUGCACGCCAACGUCAGGAUCGGGGACGAUUCUCUCAACGACUGUCGGAUCAUCUUUGUGGACGAGGUUUUCAAGAUUGAGCGCCCUGGCGAGGGGAACCCCAUGGUGGAAAACCCAACAAGAAGUGAGUUCCGAUCCCGCCCCUCUGCGGUGGGCGGGCAGGGCGCCCGGUGUGGCAGGCCGUGCCGCAUGUGUGCCUGCCACCUGUGCGGGGGCAAGCAGGACCCCGACAAGCAGCUGCUGUGCGACGAGUGCGACAUGGCCUUCCACAUGUACUGCCUGUGCCCGCCGCUCAGCAGCAUCCCCACCGAGGAGGAGUGGUACUGCCCCGAGUGCCGGAUCGACUCCAGCGAGGUGGUGCAGGCAGGCGAGAAGCUGAAGGAGAGUAAGAAGAAGGCGAAGAUGGCGUCGGCCACGUCGUCCUCACAGCGCGACUGGGGCAAGGGCAUGGCGUGCGUGGGCCGCACCAAGGAGUGCACCAUCGUGCCGUCCAACCACUUUGGCCCCAUCCCGGGCAUCCCCGUGGGCACCAUGUGGAGGUUCAGAGUCCAGGUCAGCGAGUCUGGGGUCCAUCGACCUCAUGUGGCAGGCAUCCACGGCCGGAGCAACGAUGGGGCGUACUCCCUGGUCCUGGCUGGAGGGUAUGAGGACGACGUGGACCACGGGAACUCGUUCACGUACACAGGUAGCGGUGGACGAGACCUUUCCGGUAACAAGCGGACUGCAGAGCAGUCUUGUGAUCAGAAACUCACCAAUACCAACAGGGCGCUGGCUCUGAACUGCUUUGCCCCCAUCAACGACCUCAAAGGGGCCGAGGCCAAGGACUGGCGGUCGGGGAAGCCGGUCCGGGUGGUGCGGAACGUCAAGGGCCGCAAGCACAGCAAGUACGCCCCCAUUGAGGGCAACCGGUAUGACGGCAUCUACAAGGUCGUAAGGUACUGGCCUGAGAAGGGCAAGUCCGGCUUCCUGGUCUGGCGCUUCCUCCUGCGCAGGGAUGACGUCGAGCCGGGGCCCUGGACCAAGGAGGGGAAGGACCGGAGCAAGAAGCUGGGGCUGACCAUGCAGUACCCGGAAGGCUACCUGGAGGCCCUGGCCAGGAGGGAGAAGGGGAAGGAAAACAGCAAGAGCGGAGCCCUGGAGAAUGAGGACGACGGGGAGGAGGGCUUCGCGGCCCCCAGGAAGGGCAAGCGGAAAAGCAAGUCGGCUGGUGGGUGUCUCCGCGGCCGUCCUCAUACUCGGGACCCCAUCUCGUGCUCGGGGGGGGGGGGGGGGGGGGGCGACGGGUCCUCGCGAGGGGCACCCAAGAAGACCAAGGUGGAGCCCUACAGCCUCACCACCCAGCAGAGCGGCCUCAUCAAGGAGGACAAGAGCAACACAAAGCUGUGGGCGGAGAUCCUGAAGUCACUCAAGGACGGGCCGGUGAGCCCCCUCCCCUUCCAGAAAUUCCUGAGCAAAGUAGAGGAGGCGUUCCAGUGUAUUUGUUGCCAGGAGUUGGUGUACCGCCCGAUCACGACCGUGUGCCAGCACACCGUGUGCAAGGACUGCCUGGACAGGUCCUUCAGGGCCCAGGUGUUCAGCUGCCCGGCCUGCCGCUAUGACCUGGGCCGGAGCUACACCAUGCACGUGAACCAGCCACUGCAGGCUGUCCUCAACCAGCUCUUCCCUGGCUACGGGAGCGGACGGUGA